UCUGUGAGCGUUGGCUGAGCUCGUUUCCCAUUAUUCUUCCCGUAAUCCACAAAGAAAUAUUCCGGGGAGGGGGAGACUGGGCGGGGGGCUGCUAGCUACACAGCCCUGGGGCGCUCAGCGCGUUUCCAAGGUGGGCGUUAGGGGGUGGCUAGAGGCGCUGCGUUAAGCAGCUCUCCCUGUCUCCGAACUACGUUUCCCAGCGGCCAGUGAGGAAAAGGCCAGAAGGGGCGGGCGAGGGUACAAAGAGAGCUAGCGAUACCUGCUCACACAGGUACGAGAGAGGGGUGAGUAACAGGGGGGAGAGGCUGAGCCAAGAGCGGGAGGAGGAUGAUGCCCUUCUCCAGCUCCGGGUCGGAGGAAGCCUUCGAUUACUUGUUCAAGAUUAUCCUAAUCGGAGACUCCAACGUGGGGAAGACUUGCGUAGUGCACCGCUUUAAGUCAGGGCAGUACCACGAGAAGCAGCAGAACACCAUAGGGGUGGACUUCACUGUGCGCUCGCUGGAAAUCGAUGGCAAGAAGGUGAAGAUCCAGGUGUGGGACACAGCGGGCCAGGAGCGCUUCCGGACAAUAACUCAGAGUUACUAUCGCAGUGCCCAUGGUGCCAUCCUUGCCUAUGACCUUACCAGGAGGUCCACAUUUGAAUCUAUUCCUCAUUGGAUUAAUGAAAUUGAAAAAUAUGGAGCUGCUAACUUAGUCCUGAUGUUAAUUGGGAACAAAUCGGAUGUAGCUGAGAACCGCCAAGUCCUUUUUGAAGAUGCCUGUACACUGGCAGAGAAGCAUGGGCUAUUGGCUGUACUGGAGACUUCAGCCAAAGAGGCCCAGAAUGUAGAUGAGGUGUUUAUAUUGAUGGCAAAGGAGCUGAUAGCCCGCAACACCUUGCAGCUUCAUGGGGGGCAUCCUCCAAACAACAUCUAUCUGGACUCCAGGCCAGUGAUUGUUAGUCCAAGUGCAGAGAAGUCCCAGUGCUCUUGCUGAUGAGAUGUCUCAAUCAUAAGAGCUGUGAAGGUGUGGCUGAUGAUUUCAUACGUUUCCUGUUUGGCCUCAAGCCAUCAUUCUAAUGUAUCACUGCCUUGCUGUUUUGACCUGUAACUCUCUCCAGGAGAUAGGUGUUGCAAUGGUCAAAAGUGCUGGAUUGCCUUGAACAUGGCAGUUGUUGGUACUUAAGCAAAGACUUUGAGCUGAGAGGAGAAGAUUAGGCACUGCUAGCCUGAAAAGAACCGUGAAGACUUUUACUCCUAAAUGGAAGCAACUGCCUUUGAAUAGACUCUCUAAAUAGUCUUCUGGCUGUGCCAGAGGCUGACUGUAACCAGGUUUUGUGCUGACUGUUUCCUUUAGGAUACACAACCUGCUGUAGGUCAAAUUCUUUGGUCUUCAUAAAUAGCUUUACAAUGUG